AUGAUCACUAGCGAAGACAUGAACGCGACCGAUGCGUUCACGUCUACUGUGGUCGGGAUGCUCCUCUGCUUCAUUUUCUUCGGAGGAACCCUGGGGCAAACCAUUCACUACUUUCUCCAGUUUCCUCGCGAUGGGCGUGUCUUAAAGGGUCUGGUAACCAUUCUUUUACUCUUGGACAGCGUGAAAGCGUUUCUCCACGCUCAGUUACUGUGGUAUUGGUUCGCCAACCACCACUCCGAUGCCUCCAUCUUGUUGCUGCUUCCCAUGUCGUAUACGGUUCACUUCAUUAUAUCCACGUCAUGCGUCUUCCUCGUUCAAGGUCUCUACAUCCGUAAUAUAUGGGCAUUGUUAAGUGGUCGCUGGUACCAGAACUACGUCGCAGGAGUAGGGAUUGCGCUUGCCAUCAUCUCCCUGGCAUGCGGACUCGGUGAGCCCUUACCGGACACCGUGUGGAAGCGAUUUUUCACUGAAUCUGCUAUUUUCGAAGUCGCAGCUCACGAUAUACUCACGAGUAUCAACGACGUCGAAGCCAUCCAACGUGUCGAGGUAUCAGGCAGAAUCGAGGGAUACACGGCCGUCGCUGUCGAUGUAUACAUCACCGCCGCGCUCUGUUUCAUCUUCCAUCGUGCUCGGACGGGGUACGAACCCACGGAAAAUAUCAUUUUCAAGCUUAUGGCGUUCACCAUCAAUCGCGGCAUCUUGCUCUUUGUCAUCCAAUUGCUCGUGAUAGUCACAUACAAGCCCAACGGUACGCAGGCGCUUGAUGGCAUCUACUGCUUUGCCGGCACCCUGAACGUCAAUUGUGCCCUCGCAUCGCUGAACAGCCGUUCCGGCAGAGGUGACCUGAUCACUAGUCAGCUGAGCAGCUUCGAUGCUCCUUCCGGGUCGUUCACAGCCGGAGACGACUCAGUGGACGACUCAGUGCCCAAGCAGCUACGAGACGAUGCAAGUAAGGAGAAGUAAGCGCUAGGCAUACAGUAGAGCGCAGCAGAUUCUAGACAUUCAGCAUGUAAGAUCACAGGACGCGAGCAUGUUGUACAUAGGUGAUGACGGCUCAUCGCUAUUCAUUGUAAACCACCGGCUAGACCAGCAGUAUCGAUCGCCUCGAUAUCAGCCGUAGUCAGUUCUGUGCAAGGCGAGCAGGUCAAAGUCGCGUGAGCGUGCGUAGAUGACAUCAGCUUGAAGACACAACUAGGACAUACCGAGGUCGCCAGCUUUGAGAUAGCCUUGUAGCCGCUCC